UCRAAGCUGACAGAAUUUUCCCGAGUUCUGAAGGAGAAGCUUGAUUUGUAUAAAAGAGAUGACCCCACCAUGGGAGAGGGAAGUCAGCAAAAGAGCAAAUCACAGCUGUUGUUGUUGGAUAGAGGGUUUGACAUCACUACAGCGUUACUUCAUGAGCUGACAUACCAGGCCAUGGCGUAUGAUCUACUAGACAUUGAAAAUGAUGUCUUCAAAUACGAAAGCGGAACUGGUGAAGGUGAAGGRGGUCAGGGAUGUUKGAAAGAAGCACUUCUUGAUGAAAAUGACGAAUUAUGGGUCAAACUACGUCACCUUCAUAUAGCUGACGCAACCAGAAUGAUAGCUGAGGAUAUCAAAAACUUUAGCGAGAAAGAAAAACUACCAAUGUCAGAUAAUAAGAUGAGCGAUUUACAAAAGCUACUCAAAAAAGCUCCCGAGUACCAGAAGCAGAUACGGCAGGKAGGCAACAGUUUUUUAAUCCUACUAUCUAUCGCUUCAGGAGUGCUUGUGUGCCGAUCUAACCGCGCGCUUACCCAUGCUGGGAAAAUGAUAGCUGAGGAUAUCAAAAACUUUAGCGAGAAAGAAAAACUACCAAUGUCAGAUAAUAAGGCUUGGCUCGCACGUCGAAUCUUACUUCUGUCGAAUUCAAUGCAAGUAGCAGAGGCAAAGGAUUAA